AUGGCACAGAAGACCUAUCUUGGCACAUCCUAUCUAGACGUGGCCCGCAAUAUAAUCGAUGCGCUGCAGAAGAAUCAGCCAAUAAUGGCCGCACAAACGAAACUUAUGGUGGAUAUGAAUCUGGCCCCUACCGGAAGACCUUAUCUGGGCUCCGAGAUGACCAUGGAGUCGUUUCGUUGGGACCAAAGAUUGUUUACUUGUGUUCUUCGCUAUCCAUCGAAAGGGAUGCGGGUAAAUUUAUCUCCUCCAAUCAUACUUCCAAACGGCGGACAGCCGAUCGAAGCAAUUUGCGCAUCCACCGGUGGUCGCUCAUAUCUACUCCAAUCCCAUAAACUAAUCGGACCAAUGGUUGAUCAAAUUGUGCAGGCUAUCCAGUUGAAUGGUAUUAUUGUCCGUUUUGAGUGUCCCACCCUUGCGAUUAUAAGGGAGACGAAUGAAGAGAAUAUGACCGAUCGAGAUAAAGCUCGUCUGCGCUUAAAGAGCCAUAUGGAAGCAAAACCGCUAACACUUGUCUACGUCAAAGGUCUCGGUGGAAGACCUCCAACAGGACAUUGGCCCAUUCCUGAGGCUUUCUGGCAUGACCGUAUC